AUGUCUCAGUCCCUUCGACCCUACCUUCAGGCCGUUCGGAGCAGUCUGACGGCCGCCCUGACUCUUUCCAACUUCGCUUCCCAAACCGCCGAACGACACAAUGUCCCAGAGAUCGAGGCGCAGACUUCCCCUGAGGUUCUUCUGACCCCCUUGACCAUUGCCCGAAACGAGAACGAGCGAGUCCUGAUCGAGCCGAGCAUCAAUUCCGUGCGCAUAUCCAUCAAGAUCAAGCAGGCCGACGAGAUCGAGCACAUCCUGGUCCACAAGUUCACCCGGUUCCUGACACAGCGAGCCGAGUCUUUCUUCAUCCUGCGGAGGAAGCCCAUCAAGGGAUAUGAUAUUUCUUUCCUGAUUACCAACUUUCAUACGGAGGAGAUGUUGAAGCACAAGCUGGUAGACUUCAUCAUUCAGUUCAUGGAAGAGGUUGAUAAGGAGAUUUCAGAGAUGAAGCUCUUUUUGAACGCCAGAGCUAGAUUCGUUGCUGAAUCUUUCCUGACUCCAUUCGAUUAA